UUUGCCGAAUGAUCUAGACCUCAUUGGCUUCAAGUUCUCUAUUUUUGCCAUAGGUCAAACACUGUCCGCUCUCUAGCGUGGCCGUCGUUCCAAGAUCAGUUCCCGGGCAUCUUGUCGGACCUCAAGGCCUCACGGCCUCACGACUGAUAGUUGAUUCCAGUGGGCUACUUGCAUUCACAUACGUCGACCUUCAUACCGACGCGCACGUUACACCAUGGAGGCGCCUACAAUGUCCAACGGCUGUCUGCAAGGAAAGGAUAGCAAUUCCGAUGUUCCUUCACUUCUCCCGGGUUCAUCACCAAAGUUGUCGUCGACGAGCGAGAGGAAGAACUCAUUGGAACAAGACAAUACGCGCAUCGCAGUCCAGUUCGACCCGGAUGACGCUAGCAACCCAAAGAACUGGAGCAGAGGAAGGCGUUGGUACAUGACCAUUGUCGCUGCUUUCUUAGCCUUCAACGCCUCGCUCGCUUCCUCAGCGCCGUCCGGUAUGGCAGACAGACUAAUUCAGUACUUUCAGUUCUCGCAGGAACUCGCGACAUUGACGAUCGCUCUCUUCAUAUUUGGUUAUUGUGUUGGACCCCUAUUCUGGGGGCCGCUAUCCGAACAGUACGGGCUUCGGCCCAUAUUUUUGGUCUCAUUCCCGGUUUACAUUUGCUUCACGGUUGGAUGCGCGCUGAGCAGAAACACGGUUUCCAUCAUGCUAUUCAGGCUUCUAAGCGGCAUGUUUGCCGCAGCCCCAAUGUCAAACAGCGGAGCACUCAUCUCUGAUAUAUGGGACGCACAGACGCGAGGAAAGGCUCUCUCUCUGUUCAUCAUUGCCCCCUUCAUGGCUCCAGCCUGCGGGACAAUUUUAUCCGGUUACCUCGCACAGUCGAUGCUCUCGUGGAGAUGGCUCUUCUGGAUCAUGGCUAUCAUAGCCGGCGUGUCUCUGCUCCUGAUUGUAUUCACGCUACCUGAAACAUAUGGGCCUGUCCUGCUGGUCAGAAAGGCUCGUGCGCUGCGUGCGACGACUGGUGACGACCGCUACGUGGCGCCGCUGGAACUCUCGCCCGCCAUGUCGAUCUCGGCUCGGGCUAGUUACACGGUCAGCAUGCCGUUCAAAAUGCUCGCGAGGGCGCCAACAUUGAUUGCGACGACGGUAUACAUGAGCUUCCUCAACGGUUGCAUGUACUUGAUGUUCGAAGCAUUUCCCGUCGUAUACAUCGAGGGGCAUCACUUUGGAACUGGUGCUGCGGGCCUCGUAUGGAUCCCAGUGGUGAUUGGUAUUGUUGUCUCCAUCCUCGCGCACAUCUUCAUCUUCGAGAAACGAUAUGCAAAUGCUCUGAGCGGCCGGGGUACAGUCGCCAUGAGCCCGGAACUCCGCUUGGAGUCAGCGAUAUGGGGUGCUCCCCUUUUCGCGCUCUCGUUCUUCUGGUUUGGGUGGACGUCAGAUCCAAGUAUCUCGUAUUGGGCGCCGCUAAUGGCCGGGCCCGUCAUGGGGUUCUCAACCAUAUGGAUAUUCCUCGCCUUGUUCAACUACAUUGUUGAUGUGUAUCUCUCGGUGGCCGCUUCGGCGCUGGCUGUGAACACCGUUAUCCGCAGCAUUGCCGGUGCAGGCUUUCCUCUCUUCGCCUCGCAGAUGUAUCAGGGACUGAAACCGCAGUGGGCGUCGACCGUCAUCGGAUGCUUCUCCGUGUUGAUGGUUCCAAUUCCGCUGGUUCUGCAAAGGUAUGGACCGAUCCUGCGUCGCAAGUCCACAUUUGUGCCUGGCUAUAAUCGUGCGUGAGUGUGGCAGGUCCCGUUUUGGACCCCGGUUCGAGUCUAGGACUAUGUCGUACAGUGGUCCGCAUAGUCCGAAUUUGCUUGUUUCGUUAUCGACAGUAUCUUUUUUUCUCUGAUAUACUUGAAUGAUCUAUAUCCUGUGUACUUGGGCGCACGAUGAUAUUUGAGUUGGGCACUGUGAUGGGCGGCG